GUUGUGAUCAAAGGUUAGAGUUGCUGGCAAAAUGGAUUUAAGUGGAAUGAGAACCAGUUACAAUAGCAAAUUGGUAUCCUUCUUAGAAAAGGACAUUGAAAUUAAAGAACCAUACAAUCUGUUUAAGAGAUGGUUUAAGUUGGUGAAGGAUGAUCCAAGAACAGUUGAAGCAAAUGCUAUGUGUGUGUCAACAGCAACAAAGGAUGGAUUUCCUUCUGCAAGAUAUUGCCUUCUUAAAGGAUUUACUAAAGAUGGUUUUAUAUUUUUCACGCAUUAUACUAGCAGAAAAGGAAAAGAAUUGGAGGAAAACCCCCGUGCAGCUCUUACAUUUUAUUGGGAUCACUUCAAUAGAUCAGUUAGGAUCGAAGGUGAUGUAGAAAAGUUACCAUUUAGCGAUGCAGACGAAUAUUUUAGUAAACGUCCAUUCAGAAGCCAGAUUGGUGCCCUUUGUAGUAACCAAAGUGUACCUGUUGAAGGACGCCACAUAUUAGAAGAAAAAGCUGAAGAACUAGCCAGUAAAUAUAGAGAGGGAGAAGUCCCAAGACCACCUUUAUGGGGUGGUUAUCUAGUAAAACCAAGACGUUUUGAAUUUUGGCAAGGUCAGACAGACAGAAUUCAUGAUAGAAUCAUCUUUAGAAAACCUAAUUGCCCAAAUGAACCAGAUGGUAUUUUGACACAUCCAGCUGAAGAUGGUUGGAUAUACGAGAGGUUGAACCCUUAAACUAUUAUUUAUUCUAAGAUUUAUUUUAUCACCAUUAGAGUAGUUGCCAAAUUUUAUUAUAAGAUUAUAUUAAAAAUGUU